CUGGAGUGCAGUGGUGUGAUCUCAGCUCACUGCAGCCUCUGCCUCCCGGGUUCAAGUGAUUCUCCUGCCUCAGCCUCCCAAGUGGUUGGGAUUAUAGGCAUAUGCCACCAUGCCCAGCUAAUUUUGGUAUUUUUAGUAGAGACGGGAUUUUGCCAUGUUGGUCAGGCUGGUCUCUAACUUCUGACCUCAGGUGAUCCUCCUGCCUCAGCCUCCCAAAGUCUUGGUAUUAUAGGCAUGAGUCAUAAUGCCUGGCCCCAUGUGCUGAUUAUUUCAUUUUUCCCAAGCAAACUAGGACUUAGAGAUGGUCCCACAAGGCCCCGCUGACUGCUUUGCGGCACCUCUCCACAGGACUAGUGCUGUGUGUCAGCAGACGUCACUCUGUGAGGAUGGAGGUCACUCGGACACAGAGCCUGGCCUCAGGAGCCUUAUGUUCCAGCAACCACUUGAAGAAUAAUCAUAAAAAUUAAAAUUGUAAAAUAUUUUGUCAAUUGUGCAUUAAACCAAAAAAUUAAAAAUUGGCCUUAAGUGGAACAAGGAGGUACGGGAUGAAGGCAGGCGAACUGUAUGUCCAGACUGUGUCAUGCCAGUGAUGAUCACCUUCAGGCCAAGUUUAUGAUUCAGUCUCUUAGGAACAUUUUAGUUUAGUGCCCACUGACAUCAAAGACUCUGCUAGUAGCUGGGGAUGUAGCAAGACAAGCCCAUGCCCUUAAGGAACUUGCAGUUCAAAUAAACAACUGAAAUACUGCGGGGCUGGGCAGAGGCUGCUGUGUGAGGGCCCAGCAGGGACACACUUAACACUGGUGUGGGCGAGAUUCAUCAGGAAGACUCUGGAGAAGGUGAUGUGAGUGAAGAUGCAUGUUUCCCUCCUGGCCAUGCAGAGAGGGGAGUGUGUCUGGGCAGAGCUGUCAGGCUGGGGAUGACCUGGAAUGUUGGGGAAGCUAAAUGUGGUGAUUGCUUUAUUUAUACAACUUGGAGUAUGAAAGGGGGUCAUUGAGGGAAUGCUAUAGCCUAUGGGUGAAGGUUGGGCAGAGGCGAUUUUAAGCAUGUGAGUCACAUGAUCAGAUUUUCAUUUUAGAAAGCUGGGAGAAUGGGCCUGCUUGGGUGGCUCACACCUUGUGUUAGUUCGUUUUCACACUGCUGAUAAAGACAUAUCCAAGACAGGGCAAUUUACAAAAGAAAGGUUUAAUUGUACUUAAAGUUUCACAUGGCUGGGGAGGCCUCACAAUUACAACGGAAGGCAAAGAGGAGCAAGUCAUGUCUUACAUGGAUGGCAUGUAAGAGACACAGCCAACCAAUCAUUCCGCUCCUGGCCCCUCCCAAAUCUCACAUCAUCCCAUUUCAAAGCCAAUCAUGCCUGCCCAGUAGUCCCUCAAAGUCUUAACUCAUUUCAGCAUUAACUCAAAAGUCCACAGUCCAAAGUCUCAUCUGAGACAAGGCAAGCCCCUUCCACCUAUCAGCCUAUAAAAUCAAAAGCAGGUUAGUUACUUCCUAAAUACAGUAGGGAUAUAGGCAUUGGGUAAAUACAGCCAUUUCAAAUGGGGAAACUGGCCAAAACACUGGGGCUACAGGCCCCACGCAGUCUGAAAUCCAGCAGGGCAGUCAAAUCUUAAAGCUCCAAAAUGAUCUCUUGUGACUCCAUGUCUCACAUCCAGGUCACACUGAUGUAAGAGGUAGGUUCCCAUGUUUUGGGCAACUCUGUUCCUUUGGCUUUGCAGGGUACCGUCUCCCUCCUGGCUGCUUUCACAGGCUGGCCUUUAGUGUGUGCAGCUUUUCCAGGUGCACAGUGCAAGCUGUCAGAUCUACCAUUCUGGGGUCUGGAGGAUGGUGGCUGUCUUCUCACAGCUCCACAAGGUAGUGGCCCAGUGGGGACUCUCUGUGAGGACUCCAGCCCCACAUUUUCUUUCCAUAUGGUCCUAGCAGAGGUUCUCCAUGAGGACCCUGCCCUUGCAGCCAGCGUCUGCCUGGACAUCCAGGCAUUUCCGUACAUCUCCUGAAGUCUAGGUGGAGGUUCCCAAACCUCAAUUCUUGACUUCUGUGUACUCGCAGGCCCAAUACCACAUGGAAGCUGCCAAGGCUUGAGACUUGCAUCCUCUGAAGCCACGGCCCAAGCUCUACAUUGGCCCUUUUCAGCUGCGGCUGGAGCAGCUACGACACAGGACACCAAGUCCCUAGGCAGCACACAGCACGGGCACUCUGGGCCUGGUCCACAAAACCAGUUUUUCCUCCUAGGCCUCUGGGCCUGUGAUAGGAGGGGCUGCUGUGAGGACUUCUGACAUUUUCUCCAUUGUCUUGGGGAUUAACAUUUGGCUCCUUGUUACUUAUGCAAAUUUCUGCAGCCAGCUUGAAUUUCUCCUCAGAAAAUGGGAUUUUCUUUUCUAUCACAUUGUCAGGCUACAAAUUUUCCAAACUUUCAUGCUCUGCUUCCUUUAUAAAGCCGAAUGCUUUCAACAGCACCCAAGUCACCUCUUGAAUGCUUUGCUGCUUAGAAAUUUCCACCAGAUACCCUAAAUCAUCUCUCAAGUUCAGGCCUCCACAAAUCUCUAGGGCAGGGGCAAAAUGCUGCCAGUCUCUCUGCUGAAAUAUAACAAGACUCACCUUUGCUCCAGUUCCCAACAAGUUCCUCAUCUCCACCUGAGACCCCCUCAGCCUGGACUUUAUUGUCCAUAUUGUCAUCAGCAUUUUUGUCAAAGCCAUUCAACAAGUUUCUAGGAAGUUCCAAACUUCCCCACAUUUUCCUUUCUUCUUCUGAGCCCUCCAAACUGUUCUAGCCUCUACCUAUUACCCAGUUCCAAAGUUGCCUCUACAUUUUCGGGUAUCCUUUCAGCAGCACCCCACUCCUGGUACCGGUUUACUUUGUUAGUCCAUUUUCAUGCUGCUGAUAAAGGCAUACUCAAGACUGGACAGUUUUCCAAAGAAAGAGGUCUAAUGGAUUUACAGUUCCACAUGGCUGGGGAAGCCUCACAAUCAUGGCGGAAAGCAAGGAAGAGCAAGUCGUGUCUUACAUGGAUGGCAGCAGGCAAGGAGAGGAGCUUGUGUGCAGGGGAAUGCCUCUUUUUAAAACCAUCAGAUCUCAUGUGAGACUCAUUCACUAUCAUGAGACCAGCCUGGGAAAGACUUGCCCCCAUGAUUCAAUUACCUCUUACUGGGUCCCUCCCACAACACAUGGGAAUCCAAGAUGAGCGGUGGGUGGGGACACAGCCAAACCAUAUCACACCUGUAAUCCCAGCAUUUUGGGAGGCUGAGGCGGGAUAAUUGCUCAAGCCCAGGAGUUCAAGAGCAGCCUGAGCAAUAUGGCGAGACUUCCUCUCUACAAAAAAUAAAGCCAGCCAGCAUGGGGGUGUGGGCCUGUAGUUCCAGCAGCUCUUGAGCUCAGGAAGUUGGGGCUGUAGUGAGCUACAAUUGCACUGCAGUCCAGCCUAGCUGGCGGAACAAGACCCUGUCUCUAAAAAAAGGGAGAAAAGACCAGGUGCAGUGGCUCAUGCCUGUAAUCCCAGCACUUUGGGAGGCUGAGGCGGGUGAGGUAGAUCACAAGGUCAGGAGAUUGAGACCAUCCUGGCCAACAUGGUGAAACCCAGUCUCUACUAAAAUGCAAAAAUUAGCUGCAGUGAGCUGAGAUUGUGCCACUGCACUCCAGCCUGGGGACAGAGCAAGACUCUAUCUCAAAAAAAAUAAAAAUAAAAAGGAGAAAGAAAACUCAGAGAAUGCACUGGUAGAGGGUAAGACUAGAGGCUCAUACAACCAGGUAGGAGACUACUACCACCAUCAGGGUGUGAGGUGAUGGCGCUGAAUGGAGCCACUCCUUGGGGCGAAGGGGAGCAGAUGGAAGUGAAAUUGGAGAGAAAGCAGGGAUUUGGUCAAGGCAGAGACCUGUUAGGGCAGAUUCAGUGACAGGUUUGCAGAUGUGUGGGUCUCUGUCAAAAUGGGGGUCUUGGGGAAGAAUUUAUGAAGUGUUUCCUCAUAUUUUUUUUUUUUUUUCAAAUUUUGAGACAGAGUCUCACUCUGUCACCCAGGCUGUAGUACAGUGGCACGAUUUUGGCUCACUGCAGCCUCUGCCUCCUGGGUUCAAGCAAUUCUUCUGCCUCAGCCUUCCAAGUUGCUGGGACUAUAACUGCGCGCCACCAGUCCCGCAACUAGAGCUAGGGUUUCACCAUGUUGGCCAGGAUGGUCUUGAUCUCCUGACCUUGUGAUCUGCCCGCCUCAGCCUCUCAAAGUGCCAGGAGUACAGGCGUAAACCACGGCUCUCUGCCUGUUUCCUCAUAUUUUAAUUGCACAUAUUCCAUUUCACGGGUUACCAUUAUCUGUUUUACCAGGCUUCUGUCGAAAGUGCUUUCCAGCCUUUUCUGUUAGCAGUGGCUCUCCUGCCAUGUUGCAGGGUGUGCCUGUGUCAGGAGUGCCCUGGGCCGUGAGAGUUCUCCGCCACAGCCUUCUCCCUGCAGAAUCUCCUGCUCAUCGGCAGCAGGCUCAGCCCCCUCUUUCUUGGCGCUCAGCUGUCCUUGCCAUGGCUGGCGCUCCCACGUCCUUGGUCCUCCUUUUCCCGGUGGCUUUGGGGGCACCGCCUGGUUCCCUUGCUGUCCCGUGGCAGCUCUUCAUCCUGUGCUGGGUCCUCCUGUCGCCCUGAACUGCAGACCGUCUUCUAGCACGGGCUGUUCUACCUCUUCCUGGAUGGUCUCAUCAAGUCUUAAGGCUUUAAUCACAGUAAAUACCUAAAAGUAAAGCUUUAGCCACCUAUUCUGGCAGAUUUUUUAUGAUUAUUAUUGUAGGGACAGGGUCUUGCUAUGUUGCCCAGGCUGGUCUUAACCUGGACUCAAGUGGUCCUCCCACAUCAGCCUCAAAGUGCUGGGAUUACAGGCAUGAACCACCAUGCCCAGUUGGACAUACAUAUCUUUUGGAGGACACAGUUCAGCCCCACACAUACUAUCCGUGCUUCGAUGAUGGCCAAAUUUGUGUUUCGAGUCUACACUCCCUUACUCAGAGUUUAAUGUGGGUGUCUGAGAAGCAUCUCAAACCUAAAAUGUCCCAGCAUGCUCUCCCCUCCGAGGCCACAGAAGCUGCUCCUGUUGAUUGUGUCCCUUCUCUGGAACCCACUGAUUGUGCCCUCUCUCAUGCCCAUUCACUGUGCCCCUCCCUUUUGCCCAUUGACUGUGCCCCCUUGAUGGCUCCAGAAUGAUGCUUGUAAGGGCAGGUCCUAGCUCAGCCUCUGGCAUCUCAGUGGCUGUGGUCACAUUGCUCAGGCUUCUCAGGUGUAAAUGGCAUCACAGCAGUGCCUCCCCCAGGUGUUGUGAGGGCACAUGGCGCUAGGAUGGCUCCUGUGCUCAGGAGGUGGCCUGGCUGCUGCCACUGCUGCUGCUGUGAGCACCCGACUCAGAGUUCCUUUUAACCAUCUCACUCAGGACAGGGUGGUAGUCCUUCGGACAGGACUUGUUUCCAUUUCACACGGUCUCCGAAAGUGCUGCUUUCCUUGAUGUUCUUGCUAGUUCAGAACAAGUGGCACAAAUGCCCUUGACCUCUACAUGACCUUCUCAGGACGGCCCAGACUGAACGUCUAUGACCAGGCCGUGGUCCAGCCUGGCUGCCCUCCGCUCUGCGGUGCUUCGCCACACCCACACUGCAGACACCAUUUGCUUUUCACCCAAGAUGAUUUGAUGUCCUGUAGAACUCUGGCGAACCAUGAUGGCUACACAGACAUUAAGUAUAGACAGCUAUCAAGAUGGGCAACAGAUGCAGGUAGUCACAGAGUUGAAGACAGAACAAGACCCUAACUGCUCUGAACCUGAUGCAGCAGGAGUGAGCCCUCCCCCUGUGGAGUCUCAGACCCCGAUGGAUGUGGACAAGCAGGCCAUUUAUAGGCACCCACUGUUUCCAUUGUUAGCUUUGCUGUUUGAAAAGUGUGAGCAAUCCACACAGGGCUCUGAGGGCACAACUUCUGCCAGUUUUGAUGUAGACAUCGAAAAUUUCGUAAGGAAGCAAGAGAAGGAAGGGAAGCCCUUCUUUUGUGAAGAUCCAGAAACUGACAAUUUAAUGGUGAAAGCAAUCCAGGUUUUGCGCAUUCAUCUUCUUGAGCUGGAAAAGGUUAAUGAACUCUGCAAAGAUUUCUGCAGUCGAUACAUUGCUUGUCUGAAAACGAAAAUGAACAGUGAGACGCUGUUGAGUGGAGAGCCUGGAAGCCCGUACUCCCCCGUGCAGUCCCAGCAGAUUCAAAGUGCCAUGACAAGCACUAUCAGCCCCCAGGGAAUCGUGGUGCCGGCGUCGGCGCUGCAGCAGGGAAACGUAGCCAUGGCGGCCGUGGCAGGUGGCACAGUGUAUCAGCCUGUCACGGUCGUCACUCCCCAAGGCCAAGUGGUCACGCAGACGUUGUCGCCCGGGACAAUUAGGAUCCAGAACUCCCAGCUUCAGUUACAGUUAAACCAAGAUCUCAGCAUCUUGCAUCAAGAUGAUGGUUCAUCUAAGAACAAGAGGGGCGUCCUGCCGAAGCAUGCCACGAACGUGAUGCGGUCCUGGCUCUUCCAGCACAUCGGGCAUCCCUACCCAACAGAGGACGAGAAAAAACAGAUUGCUGCUCAGACAAAUUUGACGCUACUCCAAGUCAACAACUGGUUCAUCAAUGCCAGAAGACGAAUUCUUCAGCCAAUGUUGGAUUCCAGUUGUUCAGAAACUCCCAAAGCAAAGAAAAAAACUGCUCAGAACCGGCCAGUUCAGAGGUUCUGGCCCGACUCCAUUGCAUCAGGAGUCGCACAGCCGCCGCCGAGUGAGCUCACCGUGUCAGAAGGAGCCGUUGUGACCAUCACCACACCCGUGAACAUGAACGUGGACAGCCUUCAGUCUCUGUCCUCGGACGGGGCCACCCUGGCGGUGCAGCAGGUCAUGAUGGCAGGGCAGAGCGAGGAUGAGUCUGUGGACAGCACAGAGGAGGACGCGGGCGCCCUGGCCCCUGCACACAUCAGCGGGCUCGUCUUGGAGAACAGCGACUCCCUGCAGUAGGACGGGGGAGCAGACUCACCUGACUUUUCAUAGUUUGCACAGCAAACAUUUUACACAGUUUUAUUUCUAAUAUGUUUUAUAUGUAGAUAUAGAAGAGUGCACUUUUGUAUUUCAUAGUAAGCUUAAAGCGCGUCUUUGCCGGUGCAGCGACUUCUUUCAAGUGUGUGUGUGUGUGUGUGUGUGUGUGUGUGUGUGUGUUGUGUGCGCGUGCAUACAUGCGUGUGUGUGUAUUUUUAAAGAAAUUCUUUAAAGGUUUAACGCUAGAUAUGUGAGGAAUGACACACCACUCCCUCCCCACCUUGAAUCCCUAAUUAGAUUAAGGAAAAGCGCUGCUGUUUUCUAAACCGGGGUGCAGUUUUCACUUAGCGCUGUGGUUCCAGCAGAUCUCAGUGGGCUGGUUUUUUUGUGUGGCCCAUGAUUUGAAAGAAGCUUCUGCACCCGAAACUACCAGUGUGCGGGCCCGCGGCACGCGCCUAGACUGAGUUUGGGUUCAUCGUGGUGGAUGGAUGGCGAGCUCAGCAAGCCCAGGCCCCUUGUGUUCAGUGAGCCUGUUUCAUUUGCUAUAUAUAAAAAAGAAACUCCUAUUUUUACCUUGCUGGAAUUAUUGGAUAAAAAAGCUAUUUUUAUAAAUUCGUUAUAAAUUGGAUGAUGACUAUAUUGAGGAUAAAAUUUCUAGAGAAGAAACAAUACACGCUUGCUAUUAAUGUUUCAAUUUGGAAUGUCUUGAACUGAGCAAAUUUAAUGAGCCUGCCCAAAGUCGGCCGCCGGCCCCUGGUUCUUUGCUCUCCUGGGGCAGUGAGGAACACUGACUGCUGCAAAGGAAGCAGCUGUUUCGUGAAAUUUGACAUCCGCACAUUUUUGUUGGUAUGUAAUGCUCAGAUUGCAUUUCACACCUGAUCUAAACGUGGAUCGAAGGGUAUUUGCUAAACAGGACUUCAGGUAAGUGAGGUGAGAUGGUAGCGGUGAUGAGUUAGGAGCUGUGGGCACACACACUCCAGUUCAGUUCAGAUCUGACCACAGUGGCAUGGUGGUUUCACCAUGCUAGCUGUGCAUUGUUUUAGAAGUUUUUAAUUCAAAAUAUGUUAUGCAUAGAAUGUUUAUUAUAAGCUAAUAGAAAAUGUGCUCUGCCCCACUGGCCCAGAGCUAGGGUAAACAGCAGAUACUCACACUUGAUUACUUAACUUGCAGACUUAACUUAACCUGGAGUCACAGCCGUGGGUUGGUCUGGCGAGGGCGCAGCAGUGGCCCCCACGGGUUGGCUCUCACGUUUGCAUUUGCGGCUGUCUCCUGCCUGCUGUCAGUGUUUGUCAUACAUUGUCGCUUCCAACUUCCCAGAGCCUUCCCGCUCACUUGACCACGUGGGAUUUGGAAUAACUGUAGGCCUUCUGUUUCCUGGCGAUGAGAUGAACUGAGAGAGCGGGCUGGGUUCUGUUUUGUUUGGUUUUGGUUUGUUUUUAUUUGUUUACUUAGGAGUGGGGCUUUUUCUCAGACAGAAAACAGGCCACGGUGUUUCAUACAGAGUGUCUUUACGCCGUCUGAAGCGGUGUUUCAUACAGAGUGUCUUUAUUCCGUCUGAAAUGCUGUGGCUGAAGCUCAUUUGUAACAUCAAGAGUAUCGUCAGUUCUUGAGGUUCACCAGUAGUGAUUGUUUGUAAGCCAAGGGACAUUUUAUGCUAGUGAAGAGUUUUUUUCUGGAACUGAUUUUUCCCAAAAAAUGUAUUAAUUGAAGUUAAUCAUAGGAGAGUAUCCAGAUAACUUAGAAGUCAGCAGGAAACACACAGAAAUUUAUUUUAAAAUCUUUCAGGAAUUUUAACUGAAAGACUUGAUUAUUAAUUCUUUCGGGGAGAGAAUGACAUCUUUUUUUUUUUGAGGUGGAAUUUCGCUCCUUUUUCCCAGGCUGGAGUGCAAUGGUGCGAUCUCGGCUCCCUGCAACCUCUGCCUCCCGGGUUCAAGUGAUUCUUCUGCCUCAGCCUCCUGAGUAGCUGGGAUUACAGGCGUGCGCCAUCACGCCCGACUAAUUUUGCAUUUUUAGUAGAGACAGCGUUUCUCCGUGUUGGUCAGGCUGGUCUCGAACUCCCGACCUCAGGUGAUCCACCCCCGCUCCGCCUCCCAAAGUGCUGGGAUUACAGGCGUGAGCCACUGCACCUGGCCAAGAAUCACAUCUUACAGCCACCAUUGCAUUCCUUGUUUGUGAACCAUUUUUUUUGGUAUUUUAAUUCAGGUCUACAAGAUCAUUUUAACUUAAAUGCCAACUUUGUUGGACGUCUUAAAAUGAGCCCUCGUGAAAGCCAGCCAGCCUUUCCUCCUUCCCUCACCCCCCUCUGUCUCCUCAACAGCCUGCUCUUUAGUGUGGGUUAGUGGAAGCCAGUCACAGAAUGGAGACUGAUGUAUAGGUCACUGUUUCUUUCCCCCACCAGAAGUCACAUUCGCUGAGCAGUGGGUUGAAUUUAAGAGCACUGCCCGAGCCGGGCGUGGCAGGGCCUGCCUCUAGUUCCAGCUAGUCGGGAGUCUGAGGCGGAGGCUGGCGUGUGCCCAGGCGUUUGAAGCUGCAGUGCGUUAUGCUUGCACCUGUGAAUAGCCACUGCGCUCCAUCUUGGGCAAUGUAGUGAGACCCCGUCUAUAAAAAGAGGGCACUGCAUGAAUCUAGGUGGCACUGGGAAGCUGUGGCCUGAGAGUUAAGGUUCGUGCUGAAUGGUACAGUGUUCACUCUCUCCAGCUGAAAACUUCCUUCAGCGUUCCUCGAUUCUUACUAAAUUCAGAGGAGUAGGAUAAAGAUGACUUGAAGAGAGGGUGCUUAUGGGCAUAGCCCGAGCUUCCUUUAACCUGUCUCCAUGCAUAACCAGGGUGCUUUGAAGCAGCUUCUACACGCAAGCCAUUUCAGUCUGUAAAAUCACUGCCCAGCAUGUUUGAGGUCAGUCAGCAUCCUUGGACAGCGGAGAGUCUGUAAAAGUGUGACCCCCUUAAGAUUUCAUUUUAAAUGAUCAGAUUUGACCCCAGUUUAAUUCUUGUUGAAUUUUUCCCUACGAAGGCUCCUUUUGAAUGUGUCUUGAGACCACACUGAGCAUGUUGCUGUUAUUCCUAGCUUGCAUCUGUGGGGCAGCAGCCGCGGGACUAGCUGUGCUGGGUGCCUGCAAGCUCCCGCCGAGGAACUAGCUUGGCCUUUGCGUUUUGAUUCCAGAUGGUAAGAUGAGUGGAAGUGUUGAUCUAGUAUGCAGAGGAAACCCUUGUGGCUGAGGAAUCCAGGAAUCGUGUCUGUGUGACCUGAGUGUGAUCCGCCUCCUGCCUGCGUGAGGAAGCAGUGGGCACUUUUCCUUGAGACAAACUCCAGGGUGCCCAGCAGGGGUUCUGCCCCUGGCAAAGGCCCGUUCCUGGCACUUAGAGACAGAAAGACCUCAGCAGUCUUCUUUCGUUCUUGUUAUGUUGGGUCUUUGAAACUGACAAUCUUUGAAAUGUGAAUACUGUAACAAUAUGUUUCCUUGAAUUGUCUUUUAAAAGGAUUUUUGUGAAGCAGUUGAUGAGAGCAAAAGAAUUAAAACGAGAAACACGCUUUA